GUACCAAUUCCGUCAAUAAACACUAGCAAAAUUUGACGAGCAGCUCGUCAUGGCGAGAGUAUUCGCGACCAACUUGGUCGUCGCCGUCGUCCUAUCUCUCUUGGUCGUUGCUACUAACAUGACCUUGCUUCCCGCCGUCGCUAAAAGGCUUUCUGGUCACGACGUUGCCGUCCAAACCCUUCCUGACGUUGCUUCCGCCGCCGCCGAUGAGGCGACGGAAGCCCCCGAAGGCGGCGGUGACCAAGGUGGGGGUUACCGUGUCGAAGGCGUCACUAAAAGUAAGGGCAGAAGCCCAUUAGGCCGUAAGCUUGGAGGGGAUGAAGGCGGCACUCAAGGAAUCGGCGACGGCCAAAAUGAUAGCAAUGGUGGUUAUAAUGCUGGCAGUAAUAAUAGUGGUUAUGAUCAUGGUAAUAGUGCCGGUAAUCAAAAUGAUAGUAAUGGUGGUAAUAUUGGUAAUUAAUGAUGGAGAACGUAGCAACUAGCAAGACACUCCUAAUAAUCAUCAUCAUGAACAUCAUUAAGGUUGAACAUCUCAGAUCUUAUGAUUACCUUAUUAUAUAUGUAAGCUAUUUGUGUAGUACUAGUACAUGAAGUUAGGCACAACUAGCUUGCUAAGUACUUGUAUUGGCGUGGUUAAAUAAAUAAUUUUCUGUAUUGAUCGGUUAAUCGUUGGCGCUUCUUUGUUGUGUAUGGUUUUUCAUUUUGAUUUUCCUUAUUGAUGUUUGUAUCAUUUCUCAAGAUUGUAGUGGUUAUUCAACGUAAUUAUAUUUAUAUCUACAUGAUUACGUAUCUUUUUUAUUUUUAUCGAUCUAUCUGACUGGUUAUGCUUUGAGAAAAUCAUGAUCACGUAUGGAUGCCCAACCUAUGAAAAAAUCCAGCUUGAGCUUUUGAUAUAGAUCUUAAGUCGCUUGUACAAUCCCUCAUUUACGCUUUCUCGUAUAUAUUGGACAUUGUUUGUGUAAUUGUUUUCACCUGAAACGCUUUUGGCGGGAGCAUUUUUCUUUGAACACUAAGACCAUCUUCAAUAAGGAAUUCCAAAGUUCCAAAAUUUAGAUGUAUAUUUGUCAGUCAAUCUCUCCGGCAGAUCAAUCACAGGGGAGAAUCUCAGUCCGGCGAGCACUCCACUACUUUUUCUCAGUAGCCACCGACGUCGGGUACCCCAACCUCGGGAGGCCCAUUGCGCCUUGUCCUGGGACAGGGGUAAAUUUCGGAGGAACAAAAAUAUCUGUCGUAUAUAUCCAUAUUGGUGAUGCAAAACAAUGUCUAUAGGUACGUAGUAUUAGAGUAUUUUUGUCACUACAGCACAACUCAUUACUUAUUCAUAAAUUGACAUAAAAUUAUUAAUUUAUUAGACUAUAAACGAAUUCUAAUUGCAAUAAAGAUCUAAUCGGAUCUCUUUUCUCCUUAUGCCUAUUCGACUUUUUCCCAACAACUCUGAAAUUGUCUAGCGACAUCGACAAUUCCACUAGUUUUGAUUCUACGAAUUACAACUGCAAAUGUAAAAAAAAAAAGAGCAUUUUCAGCUUUGAGUUAUAUUAAGAACAAGUUUCCAAGUCGAUUUGGCAACCAAUUUGCUAAUGCUAAUUUAGUGAGAUACAUUGACAAAGACUUAUUUAAUAGUGUAGACGACGAAUGUUUUUGCGUUUCUUUUACAAUAUGAAAUCUCUCUGUGGUUGUUAAAAACAAUGAUUGUAUAGUCGGUUAUUUUUAAUCUAUAAAUGAAUUAUGCAGAUAUAAUUAUUUUUAAUUAAAUAUUUAUAUAUUUAUAUUAUGAAAAGAGGACAGGGGUGAUUUGAAAUGCUAAACCGUAAUGUUUAUACCAUGAAUUCAUCCGAAUAUGUGGUAUGGUACUAUACUUUUGUCUCGAGUGCAUAAACUUUGUGCCCUAAUUCUCUGCACAAUAAUAUGGUGCAUAUAGUACGUUGAAUAUAUUUCAAUGAAUCAAAAUCAUCGAUUAUUAUUCUGGGUGUAUUUAAUCUCACAAUUUAAGGUUUAAAGAAUUUAGUUCUAGGAUUCAAGCAUUUGAUUUUUUGGUCCAAGAUGAACUUCUUCAAAAUCAGGACUUCAAACUUCGAAAACAAAUCAAAAGAGGCAAAAGUUUACUCGAAUGGAAUUAAGAUCAUGAAUCAUA